UUUCAGUAGAAUUCGAUAUCCGGGCUCAUAUUACCACUAGAUUGAAGUGACAUCGUCUGUCUGUCCGUCCGUCUAUCCACCUGUCUGGAAUCUGGAAUUCUGGAUCUCCGUUCUCCUAACCUACCCAACACUCCACUGAUGACCGGUUCGUGCUCUGCGUGACCACCGGCCAACAAUGAUCUGGCUGCGGGCUCCUUUCCUUCUUUUGAUAAGUACUGUUUAUAUUUCCUCUUCUAGAAAUGUUGCUAUCAACCUGCCGGCAUUCUCCGAUACAGUGAAACCUCCGAUUCCUGAGUCAGCUCAACUUCCAGUAGGAGCUGGAGGGUUAGAGGAGGAUGAGGAUCCGGAGGUGACUCCAGCACUUUUCCAAGGGGAUAUGGCCAUCACAGAUGAGGCUUACCAACACUGGAGGGUUGGCCUUCGGUGGGAUGUGUUUCCAGAAAAACUCUGGGAAAACAGAACUGUACCUUACGUCAUAAGUCCACUCUACGAACCAGACAACUACAUCACCAUCUACAAGGCCAUAACAACCAUCAACUUUAUGACUUGCAUCAAGUUUGUGCCUUGGAACGGAAAGUCCAAGGACUUUCUUCUCAUCUGGCCCAUCAAGUAUCCGAAAGGUUGCUGGUCAUACGUCGGGAGGUUCGGUGGAGCUCAGAUCGUCUCACUGCAGGCUCCUGACGAGAAGGGUCCUAACUGUCUGGGCAGUGAGGGUCGUGCCAUCCACGAGCUGCUCCACGCUCUCGGAUUGUUCCACGAGCAGUCCAGAGCCGACAGAGACAAGUUCGUCAAAAUCCAUUUAGACAACGUUUUACCCGGGUUUAAGUCCAAUUUUGAUAAGCAAAGUUUGGAAAAUACAACGUACAAAUUUGAAUAUGACUAUGACAGCAUAAUGCAUUACGGAAGAUAUUUCUUCAGCAAAGGCAAAGGGAAGCCUACAAUCACUGCCAAGUAUCCUGUGACAAGGCUCGGCCAGCGAAAGAUGAUGAGCAAAACCGACUGUCUGAAAGUGAACGAACUCUACGGCUGUCUGGAUCGCUCGAAACACUCCCAGAGGAAAUACUACACACUCUGUAACUUCAUGGGGCUGUGACUCCUUUUUUUGGAUCAGCAAGCUAGGUCAUUUGAGCUGCGUUGGAGUUAAAGAGAUCUAUCAAUACCAGUUCACCCAAACCGAUAUUUUGAAUAAAUGUACAUAUGGAAGGAACCACACUAUAUGUAUGUUAAUAGUUGUUCAAACAUUUGUAAAGGAUAUUUGAAGGUUGUUCAUAUGUAGGAUUGUUUUUACCUCUAUAGAAACUUUAUGGCUGUAAUACUUUUUAGCAAUAGUUCUAAAAUGAAAAGUAUCUUGUAAACUUGUACUGUAUCCCCACCAUAUUCUGUUAUAAUACAGACUGAUCUUCGCAGACUUCUGGUCCAUGGGGUUGGGCAGAUUAAAGCUAAAAAUGUGACCAAUGUUUACUCUGAAUAACCUUACUCAUGUUUUUGACCGUUAAUAUUUCAUACAAACCCAUAUUUUUUUAUAAUAACUAGUUUUCUCAUAUAAUUUUGUAAAAUUGAUGUGUUGUUUAGUUUGCAUAGUUAAAUAACAAUUUUUACUCCAGAGCUUAUGAUAAACAUACAAAGCGAAUCAUGGGCGUAUAUAAGGGAGAUGCGCAGGGGACUGAAGCCCCCUAAUGAAAUUUUGAAAUACAAACAUUAAAAUUGCACCUAGUAGUUUGUUUUAAGCUAGCACACAUUUCAAGGAGUCUUAAAUCUCCACAAUUUUCCGGAUCCACAAUAUUCACCAUGAAUUAGGUUUAAAACCUAUUGAUAGAAAUAAAUAUUGUAUUUUUCCAGUGCAGUAUAAACUACUAACAUUUAUUUAUAUGCUCAGGGUUUUGUAAUAAUGUAUUUAAAUCUUUAGUUAUUCACAGUUUGUUUAUACAUAUUUUUUACUAAAAUAUAUUUAUUCUGUACAUAAUAUUUAGGUAUAAAUCUAAUUUACCAAUCCUACAAUUACUUACCUGUUAUCUAUUUUAUUGAAUGCCUAGUUUAAUAGGCUCUUACUAAUUGUUACUAACUGUUACAUGUUAUAGUUGUUACAGAUAAUAACACAAGGAAACAUAUAUUUAAAAAAAUAAAAUAAACUUUUCUCAGUCA